GGAGUCAGGGAUACCAGCGGAGGAUUCAAACGGAAGAUGGCAGCGGAUAAAGAUUCCAAUAAAAAUACACAAAACAGAAGGGGUACGGUGUGCAACGUGGUGAUCAGCCAGGAUGCAGGGGGAUCUUGGGGCGGCAGUGGGGUUGGUGGCCGCCCGCCCGUCAUCUUCAACCCAGACUUCUUUGUGGAGAAGCUACGUCACGAGAGACCUGAGGGGUUUCAAGAGCUGGUGCUUAGCAACAUCAGCCGCCUCAUCGACCUUCCCGGUGCUGAAUUCUCUCUGCUGUUAGGGGACGAGGGAGGGCACAAGACACCCACAGCGGCCGGAGGGGGAUUCUUCCGCUCCUUCAACUUCCUCAAACGUAAAGAUAAGGAAGUGGUGUUCGGGACUCCUCUGACAGAGGGAGGCAUCGCCCAGAUUUACCAGCUCAUCGAAUACCUCAGCAAGAAUCUGCAGGUAGAAGGUCUGUUCAGGGUGCCAGGUAACAGUGUGCGGCAGCAAGCCCUGAAGGAGCAGCUGAACAGUGGCGCAGACAUCGACCUGGAGGCAGGGGGCUUCCACCCCAACGACGUGGCCACCCUCCUCAAGACCUUCCUGGGAGAGCUACCUGAACCCCUCCUCACGCACCAACACUUCCACGCUCACCUCAAAAUAGCAGACAUGACUCUGUUUGAUGAGAAAGGCAACAAGACGUCAGUACCUGAUAAGGAGCGUCGGAUUGAGGCCUUACAGCUCCUCUUCCUGCUGCUGCCCCAGGCCAACCGCAGCCUCCUCAAACUGAUCCUGGACCUGCUCUACCACACCGCCAAGCAGCAGGACAAGAACAAAAUGUCCGCCUUCAACCUCGCCCUCAUGUUUGCCCCCCACGUCGUGUGGCCCAGAGAUAUGGUGGCCACUGACCUCCAGGAGAAUCUGAAGAAGCUAAACAACGGCAUGGCCUUCCUCAUCAAACACUCCCAGAAACUAUUCAGGGCUCCUAUGUACAUGAGGGAGCAUGCCAGAAUGCACUUCACAGGAUCUAAGACCCUGCAGACCAAGGAUGAUAUAGACCUGUUAUCUGUGGCUGGUUUCCCUGCCCCUGUUCCCCUGAAGAGGUGUUGGGCUGACCCGUCUCAGUACCUGUCCCCCUCGUCGUCGUCCCAGGGCCAGCAGCACCACACAGAGGAGUCCCUGAAGGAGCUGUUCAGACACGUCCAUGACAACAUGCCCGACUCUGCCAAGAAGAAGAAACUCCUACGCCAGCUUGCUAAACAGACCACCCCCGGCCUGGCCCCAGGGACACCCAUCAACAACUAUCAGACCCCCCCGGCCCAGAGCAAGAAACACCCCCGCUCCCGCUCCUUCGGUGGAUUCAUCAAGAGGAGACAUAAGGGGGACCAACAGGCGUUGGAGAGGAGGGGCAGACAAAUCUCCCCGGAGAUGGUUGCUGCGGCGAUGGGACGGCUGGGAAAGGAGAACGUCGUCCUGCAGUCGGUGAACAGUCCGGUGACAGUGAAUAAUAAUUCUCCAGGCGGGGUCAAGGCCUCUGAUAGCGUGGCCCUCAAUAGAGAGAGGGGACUUAAACUAUCAAAGGACUCUCCAUCCAUCUCCAGAAUGUGUUUCUCUCCCUCCCUAGAAACGUCGAUGUAGAGGAUUGGUACUAGCAACACUGGACUUGUUUUUCUUUUUUUUUCUUUUAUCAAGUAAACUAUAUUGUAACUUUGUAAAUCCAUGACGAAUACAACAUUAGUCCCCAGCCAGACAAGGGUUGCAUCCCAAUAAUCUCUUUUUUCUCCUGAAGUGUGCUCUUGUUCACUUUCCUCAAUGGGUUUGAAAGGAAAUGACUGGAUUACCUAUAUGGAAACUCCUUCUAGCCCAUGCCUACACAAUCCAAGACUUUUCAAUUUUGUGGGGAGUAGUGAAUGAGUGCACACUUCAGGGGGAGAGAUUAUUGGGACGUAACCCAGGAAAGUACAAGACCAACUCAGUGUGGAGGCAGGGAUAGAAGGGAGCUUUCUGGUUGGGGUCUGAGUGCCACUAAUAACUUGAAACAGUUUUGUUAGACACUUUCACAGUUGACCACUAGCUGAGCCUACAUAGAUACUUUUACAGUUGACCGCUAGCUGAGCCUACAUAGAUACUUUUACAGUUGAACGCUAGCUGAGCCUACAUAGAUACUUUUACAGUUGACCGCUAGCUGAGCCUACAUAGAUACUUUUACAGUUGAACGCUAGCUGAGCCUACAUAGAUACUUUUACAGUUGAACGCUAGCUGAGCCUACAUAGAUACUUUUACAGUUGACCGCUAGCUGAGCCUACAUAGAUACUUUUACAGUUGAACGCUAGCUGAGCCUACAUAGAUACUUUUACAGUUGAACGCUAGCUGAGCCUACAUAGAUACUUUUACAGUUGACCACUAGCUGAGCCUACAUAGAUACUUUCACAGUUGACCGCUAGCUGAGCCUACAUAGAUACUUUCACAGUUGACCGCUAGCUGAGCCUACAUAGAUACUUUUACAGUUGACCGCUAGCUGAGCCUACAUAGAUACUUUUACAGUUAACCGCUAGCUGAGCCUACAUAGAUACUUUUACAGUUAACCUCUAGCUGAGCCUACAUAGAUACUUUUACAGUUGACCACUAGCUGAGCCUACAUAGAUACUUUUACAGUUAACCGCUAGCUGAGCCUACAUAGAUACUUUUACAGUUGACCACUAGCUGAGCCUACAUAGAUACUUUUACAGUUGACCGCCAGCUGAGCCUACAUAGAUACUUUUACAGUUGACCGCCAGCUGAGCCUACAUAGAUACUUUUACAGUUGACCGCCAGCUGAGCCUACAUAGAUACUUUUACAGUUGACCACUAGCUGAGCCUACAUAGAUACUUUUACAGUUGACCGCUAGCUGAGCCUACAUAGAUACUUUUACAGUUGACCGCUAGCUGAGCCUACAUAGAUACUUUUACAGUUGACCGCCAGCUGAGCCUACAUAGAUACUUUUACAGUUGACCACUAGCUGAGCCUACAUAGAUACUUUUACAGUUGAACACUAGCUGAGCCUACAUAGAUACUUUUACAGUUGACCGCCAGCUGAGCCUACAUAGAUACUUUUACAGUUGACCACUAGCUGAGCCUACAUAGAUACUUUUACAGUUAACCGCUAGCUGAGCCUACAUAGAUACUUUUACAGUUGACCGCUAGCUGAGCCUACAUAGAUACUUUUACAGUUGACCACUAGCUGAGCCUACAUAGAUACUUUUACAGUUGACCGCUAGCUGAGCCUACAUAGAUACUUUUACAGUUGACCGCUAGCUGAGCCUACAUAGAUACUUUUACAGUUGAACACUAGCUGAGCAUAUAUUGUACUAUAUGUAAGUAUCUUGUUUUGUUUUUUUAAAUGUUCUUCUGAAUCUGAUGUUUGUACUACUCAUCUGAAAAUGUGCCGUUUUAAUUUGACUAAUAUAAGUCCCAAUGGUUGCCCUACACACACAGCACACUGAUGGGAUGAUUAUAUCCCCUUACAAAAUGCUGAUUAGCACCAGUCACAUUCGUCUGGGGCCUGUUCCAAAAAGCUGGAUCAGUGAGUUGGCCAGCAAACUGGCCCAAAUUGCUUGAAAUUGUUUGUAAUGACUCAACAGAAACAACUAUUAUACAAAUGUAGAUUAUUUUAAUCAACCAGGAAAUCAAGAGAUGAGGCAAAGGCUGUUAAUCAAAGUUAGCUGCCUGAUGUAUUAACCCUGCCUUCUGGAAUACCCCACAGCUCUUAUGGUGUCUAAAGGCCAGUGGGUUUACUGAUACUGUCUGUUAGCUCAAAUGGCGCCCCCGUUCCCUAUAUAGUGCACUAUUGGCCAAAAGUAGUGCACUACACUUUAUAGUAGUGCAUGUGGUGGUGUUGGAGAGACACUGGCUCAGGGUUUUCUUGAAUCUAUAUCAUACAAAUACAGGUCAAUACAUAUUGGAUGAUGAUGAACAAAUACGAGCUGAACAAACCAGCCUUUCUGUAAUGGUAUUUGCGUUUGGGAGAGAUGUAGGUAGGGCUUCAUUUUGGGACGACUAUUUAUUUUUAUUGUCUGAGAUUUGUGUAUUAACUGAUUGAACUCCUCAAUGUGUAAAAUGUCAUAUUUCACCUGCCUGGUUUGGCCUUUGAGGUUUGAUAGUACAAUGAUGUGAUUAUAAUUUUAUUUUUUUAACUGGAAGUCAUGGGUUUUGGGUAGAUAUUGGUUGGGACGCUAACGUUGUUGAAAGAUUUUCUGGAAGUCUAAGAUGGUUUUUGCUUUGUUGGAGAGGGAAAUGUGUAGUGACGGUGUCAAUAGAGGAUUCUCUUACAGUACCGUCAGUGUUGCCUGGUCUGAUACAAGUCGUCUUUAUUGAGCGUGGAUUGGGACAUUUGAUCUGGGUCAUGUUCAUUGGGAACCAAAUAGAACAAGACGGAUUCAAACUGGGAGGGACUACCUGUACUUUGUCCAAUAAGGAACCCUUAUUUUCACUUUCUGUUGCAGAACGUUUUGAAAAGUUUUUGUUGUGUACCCUAAUGGACAUGACGUUGGUUUUAAUGGGGCUGUUUUUAAAGGAAUUGUUAAUGGGGAAUGUGUGAGAAUGGGUUUGUGGUAAGUUUUAAAGAGAUGGGUGUGUGUUUUUAUACAUGAAAUGAAAGACACCAGAAGCUUGCUGCUGAGGUUAUCAAGAUGGCUUUGUUUUUUUACUAUUUUUAUUUGAUCUGUGCUGGUCAAGUAGCCUACCUAUUUUACAUGUUAUUCCACUGCUUUAAAAAGAGAACUUUUGGCCCCUGUCUUUUCUCUCUGUUACCUGAUGGUUUUCAGCCAAUCAAGGCCCAACACCUUUUUUUGAAGUGUCAUUUUGAAAAGCUGAUGGGUCAUCUGGCCAUUCGUGGUUGAUACACAUGAGUCUUGCUGGAAACAGUUUUGCUAAUGUGCGAUCAUCUUUGUGAUGUGAGUCAGUUCUAGAUUACAUGAUACAACAUGUGGGCAUUAUCUUUUACUCUCCCUUAUUAUUUUUGUGUUUAAGUGUGUAUGUUGAAAGUCUUUGGUUUUGUCAGCCAAUGUUGACCAUGGUCUUAAAUGUUUACACAUCAACUGUACAGUACUACUUGUUUUUCUUUUUGUUCAGUUUCAUUCUGCCCUGUUUAUCUGUGAAUGACAGCAUGGGCAUGUGUCCCAAAUGGCUCCCUAUAUAGUGCACUACUUUAGAACGGGGCCCUAUUCCCUAUAUAGUGCACUACUUUAGAACGGGGCC